CAAAUCUCAAUAUAGAAAACCUGAAAAACUAUAAACGAAAAUAAUUAUUGGAAUUUUUUAAACCUCAUGGUGAAAAUUUGAGAAUUCAGUCAUAUAAAUAAGAUAUUUGCCAAUAAAUUUGCUCUGCCCAGAAUCUAAAAAUUCCCAAUUUUCCUCCUUCCUCUCUCUCAUCAAACUUUGACUUUCUGAAUAAUUUCUGGGCAGCGCUUGCUUCAUUUUCGUACAAAAAUAGAUGAUGGAAAUAAAUUGGGGAAUGAAACAAAUUGUAAUUGGGAUUUUAUUGUUAUGGAGUUUAAGAUUAUUAAGAGGAGCCAAUGGGUUGAGAUUUGUAAUUGAUAGAGAAGAAUGUUUUUCUCACAAGGUUGAAUAUGAAGGAGACACUGUUCAUUUUUCAUUUGUUGUUAUCAAAGCUGAUACCCCUUGGCAUUCUCAGAAUGAAGGAGGUGUUGAUCUUGUGGUGAAAGGACCUGACAGUGAUCAAAUGCAUGACUCACGUGACAAAACUAGUGAAAAGUUCGAGUUUAUGGCUUACAAGAAGGGGGUCUACCACUUUUGCUUCACGAACAAGUCCCCGUAUCAUGAGACCAUUGAUUUUGAUGUGCACGUUGGCCACUAUGGAUAUUUAGACCAUCAUGCAAAAGAUGAGCAUUUGAGUCCUUUGUAUGAACAGAUUGCUAAGUUAGAGGAAGCUCUCUACAACAUACAAUUUGAACAGCACUGGCUGGAGGCUGAGACCGACCGCCAAGCGAUACUUAAUGAAAUAAUGGGCCGAAGAGCAAUUCACAAGGCAUUUUUUGAAUCAGCAGCACUUGUAGGGGCCAGUGUUCUCCAAGUCUACCUGCUUAAACGCCUAUUUGAGCGCAAGCUUGGGAUGUCCAGAGUUUAGAGCUUCUUGUUUGUGUACAAUUACAGCUUACAUUGCCACGAUUUUAAACCGACUGCAUAUGGUUUAACCUCUGUACGAGUUUUACACUGUUCCCUUUUUUAUUUAUCCUUCUCAUCUCAUGUCGAAGCAGCGUUAGGAUUAAGCAGUUCAAAUUAGCAGUUUCGGAGGGAACUAUUUCCCUGUGUUGUGUUAAUCUUUUUCUUUGUCUUGUUGUAACUUGUAACGUUACUACUACUAGUGUAUCCUGUACCCUAAGACUUGUUAUCAUAACUAUUUGAUUAAAUACAAGUACAUUUGGGUAGAA